AUAGAAGCAACAACAACAACAACAACAACAACAACAACAACAACAACAACAAUACAACAACAAAAACUGUAACCUCCGUCGCAUCCCCCUGGGAGCCCACAGCCAUGGUCUACAUCCGUCAGGAUAAGCUGCCCAAGCUCAAAGAGUACAAGUACUCUGGUGUCGAUCACAGUUUGCUCUCACAAUAUGUUCUCAAGCCAUUCUAUACACAUGUUGUCAUCAAAUGUUUUCCAAUGUGGAUGGCACCAAACCUUAUCACGCUUUCUGGCUUCGGGUUCGUCAUUGUGAAUUUCCUCACGCUGCUAUGGUACACACCUACGCUGGAUCAGGAUUGCCCACCUUGGGUUUACUUGAGUUGGGCAAUUGGUCUGUUCCUUUACCAGACGUUUGACGCUGUCGAUGGAAGCCAGGCCCGAAGGACCCACCAAAGUGGUCCUUUAGGCGAGUUGUUCGACCAUGGUGUUGAUGCGAUCAAUACAACACUAGAAGUGCUACUCUUCUCCGCGACGAUGAACCUUGGACAGGGCUGGAAGACAGUUCUAACGCUUUUCGCCUCCUCAUUGACGUUUUACGUCCAGACUUGGGAUGAGUAUCACACUCAUACCCUUACCCUCGGGGUCAUUUCCGGUCCAGUCGAAGGCAUUUUGACGCUCUGCAUUGUGUACGCCUCCACUGCAUUCCUUGGAGGCGGUAGCUUCUGGCAGGGCUCCAUGUUCCAAAGCCUGGGCAUCCAGAACCAUGAUUUCAUUCCCGACAUUGUCUACAAUCUCGCUUGGAACGAGUGGUACAUGGUGUAUGGAGGGGUUGUGCUUGUCUUCAACACCGUUUCCAGUGCACGAAACGUAAUGAAAGCACGCCGUGCCCGGGGCCAGAAGACACGAGUUGCCCUCCUUGGUCUUCUAACCUUUGCCGCAGCUUGGAUCCUAAUCGUCGCCUACCUGUUUCUGCAGCCACUCAUUCUACGCCAUCAUUUGGUGCCUUUCGUCUUCUACGCCGGUCUUAUUAACGCUUACUCGGUCGGUCGCAUGAUCAUCUCGCAUUUGACAAAAUCUCGGUUCCCUCGCGGCAACGUGCUCAUCUAUCCGUUGAUCUACGGCGUAAUCGAUUCACUGGGUCCUUGGUUGCAGGAACACAUCGGUGUGGGCUGGCCGAGCGCUUUGGGCAACGACGUUUACCAGGUGGCUUUUGUCUUCAUGUGCCUGGGCUUGGCUGUCGGUGUACAUGGAAGCUUCAUUGUCGACGUGAUCUGGACUAUUUGUGAUUACCUCGACAUCUGGUGUUUGACGAUCAAAUACCCAUACCAGCCAGUCAAGGAGAAUAUCGAGAAGGUGAAGAAAGGGUAAUGAUCUUGGAAAUCAGGAUGGAGAGAGACAGCAUUCAACGUAGAAUAUUUUGGAAUGCAGCACGACUAGUCUUUUUGAUAUCGAGUAUGAAUACAUGAAAAUUAUUC